AUGGUGUCUCAACCAGAUGUCCCACCACAAUCACUGAGCUUCACGUUAUCUGUACGACACACUUACCGCACACUGAACUAUGUCACCACCUCCACGAUUGGACCUAAGCUCCUCCAGCAAAUCGCCAGUCGGUCAGUCAGUCAGUCAGUCAGUCAACCACUCAUGUCCAAAUGCUUGUGUUGGCAAGGUGUGAACAAUGUCCAGGUCCUUGGUCCCCUCGAAGCCUCCCAAUGGCAAGGAAAAUUUGGCGACCAGCCUAACCUAACCAAUGAGUCACGCUUGCGCCACAUGUCAUCAAAUCAUUGGGUGAAGUGUCAGGCCAGCUGUCGAAAUUCUUCCACCUGGAUGCGACUCCAUGACAUUAACCCUAGCAACAGUGAGGUAAAGACGUAUCAAUGCGAACUCACAUUUCAGUGGCCUGUCACCCCUACUAAGGUUAUCACCUCAUUCAAAGGACCCACCAUGACUGACCAUCAUCUCUUGUCAAUCCCUGUUCCACCUGCCUCCGUCAGUGACCCUACAGCUGAUGAUUUUCAGGGGUUAGCUCAUUCGUCCUGCCGGUCAGUUUCCCCCUUUUCCGUCAUCGUGCCUCCACUGCCGAUCUUCUGCGUGGAUGAAAUGAAGUUGCUUUUGCAUGGCUCGGCCACCGCAUCGUCGCCUCAGAUGUGGACAAGUGAUGGCAUUGAGUUCAGCCGACCUUCACUCAACCUCUCCUCACUUUCGCUGACCUGGCCUCAACUCACUGCCUCAGGUCUCUCAUGUGGUUGGUUCAUUCGCAAGCGGAAUUAA